AUGAUCGAGGAAAUCGCUCAAAUAUUGAACAACAUUGACGCGACCCUUCGAGACGCGGAACGCCGAUUUGCUGGAAUUGAUGUGGCUCCCAUCACGACAAUGGUUAUGUCGCUCAAUAGGCGUUUGGAAGCCGCCGCCGAAAACAUGAGAGCAUUUGAAGCUGAUCCCAAUAACGAGUUCAAAUUUGAAGAAUUAAUGCAACUGCAAACAGAAAUUUCGCAGGACUUUAUUACGGAGAUCGAUGUGAUUCAGCGUAAGAUACGGCGAGCGAAGCAGAAUGCCAUCUUGCACGAUGAAAACGCCGUCACGAAAAAGCGCACGUAA